GUGAUUCCUUUGCAGGAUUGAUGUCCGAGAGCUGGAGAGAUGCGGUGUGGAUUCACUCAGUGGCUACCAGAUGAUGACAGGGAAAAUAGCGGAGAAGAUUCCUGUGACGAUGAGUAAUUUAUUGAACCACCUGCCAGAGAGUAUGUAUUCGGAGGAAGAGGUCGUUUCCUCAGCGGUUCCCACCUCAAUGAACAUUUUUAACACGGAUUCUGUCUACAAUCAGAUCGAUGGAGAGUCAAUGAUGGACGUUGGGAUGGAUAAAGGCAAUCAUGACAUGUCCUAUCAAAAUUCUUUCCCCACUCUCAGUCGCAACCAAACCCUGACAUAUUUGGGCAAAUUUGCUUUCGACUCACCCACUGGUCCCCCCGGGGGCUCCAACUGGUGUUCAGAGAAUAUCAUCAACCUGGCGGGCUUGUUCGGUGUAUCUCCUUCUCCCUCGGCCAACACCCAGACAUCUUCUGCUUGCUCCAUGGGCCAGGCGAACCAAGGCGAGAUAGAGCAACUUUACUCUGGAGCCACUUACACCUGCAACGACAUGUAUCAGGAGCAGGUUUUCCACAAUACAGGUGCCACCAACACCUCCAUCAUCCCUUACUCGACUCAGGACUAUCACCCCAAGGCUCCCCAAGAGAGUAACAUGUUCCCGGUCAUCCCAGAAUACAACCUGUUCCAACACCAAAGUGACCUCGGCUCCAUCACAGAUCACAAACACUUCCCUUCUCCCAUGGAACCCAUCAGGGUGCCUCCACCCCUCACCCCUCUCACCACCAUCAAGGCAUAUACAGACUCUAAGCAAAUGCCUUCCAAUUUCAAUCCGCAUCAGCAACCGCUGACGCUCAAGCCAGUGAGACCCAGGAAGUACCCCAACAGGCCGAGCAAGACGCCUGUGCACGAGAGACCCCAUGCUUGCCCGGCCGAAGGGUGCGAUCGAAGGUUCUCCAGGUCGGAUGAGCUGACCAGGCACCUGCGGAUCCACACCGGGCACAAACCCUUCCAGUGUCGCAUUUGCAUGAGGAGCUUCAGCCGCAGCGACCACCUGACCACCCACAUCAGGACGCACACGGGGGAGAAACCCUUCUCCUGCGAGUUCUGCGGGCGCAAGUUCGCCCGGAGCGACGAGCGAAAGAGGCACUCGAAAAUCCACCUCAAACAGAAGGACAAGAAAGUGGACAAGAGCUCGCCCGUAGCCCCGACAGGAACCAGCAACCCACCCCCGGUCACCACCUGUGCAUAAGUUCACCGUCUCUCGACGUUUCAAAGAGAUUGAUUGAUUUGUAUUGAGGCUGGCUCUGAGCACCAAAGCAGUGGUGAGCAACCCCCCUCUCUCUCUCUCAGUCACCGACCCCCCCUAUGUGUUGGGGCGUAAAACCUUUCAACGGUGACUCGAUGCAUUUCUGGAGGCUGUGACAAAGCCGCCGCCACCUGAUGCGUGCCAAGGUGACCCAUUAAGAACGAUACACUGAGAUCGUACAAAGGGCUCGGCCGCCUGGUGAACAUUAUUUGAACUCUGCAACCGUUCCAUCGAUGCUUUUUUAACAGGGUGAUCCUAUUGGCGGCCCGUGGGCCACAUCCGGCCCUCGGGUGAUUUCAUAGGGGCCCAGCCGCGAAUCAUUUCUGACUUCAUUGUGCCGUACCCGUGCCAAACAGGAGACGGACGGUCCCCAGUGGGGGGGGGGUGGGGGGCUCAGACUUUGCCCAGAGAAACCGGCCCUCGGCGGCCAAAAAAAAAAAAGGUUGGACCUUCCUUUUUUUCAGUGGUAGUUGAUUGAGUUUGUGAGAUAAUCGGACAGCCAUCGCCACGCGGGAGAAGGUUUGAGAAAACUUCCGCCCGAAGAAGAGUUUUAUGGCAAAUAUGGUAAAAUGUCCAGCGAGACCUGUCCUGCCCGGUCCGACUCUAUUUGCACAGUCAAAGUUUGCCUUUUGUAAAUGUUUACUUUGGAAAAACAAGGAGUAGGAGAAGAACAAGAACAACUUACUUUUGCAGAGCGCCGCUCACGGCGGGAGGACAUCCCGAGGCGCUGGAAAGAAAAUAACUGUCCAGCAAAUGUACAGUACAGUAACUACCAAAAACCCCAAAUUACUGAAACGGUUGAUUUUUCCUAUCGUGACGAUAUCUUGACAAUUCCAGUCAGAGAGCGCCUGACCCUAAGCACAGGGGCGGAUUUCGCAGAGAAUUCAACUUUCGCCGUGAACUGAUCAACUUUCAAGAUACCUACUGAAUUUGCAUGGACUGACUGACCGACCGAUCGCACUCCCCUUCCCCACCCCUUCACCCUCACCAUUAAUUACCACACUUUGCACAAUCGUUCCAUUUUGUUUAAAGCAAAAAAAAAAGCUAAAGACAUCUUUUUAUGCUCGGGGACGGACGGACGGACGGACGGACGGCCGGACGGACGUGGGCUGACGUCAUGGUUUUGGUACCGCACCGAGCUCCACAGGUCAAUUUGAUCAUUGAUAAUCAAUUAACAGAGCAGUUGAGGUUGUCUCUAAAAAUCUGCACUCGUGUCUUCAGCAAAACCGCCCUCUCCCCUCCACCCCCACCCCACACCCACCGUACAACCUGUCAUCCACAUGUCCUCCUCCCCCUUUUCUAUACAGUAAUUGUUUUUGACUUAGCGUGUGUGUAUGCGUGCGCGGGCGCGCGGGCGCCGCAGUUUACGAGGCCAUCCGCGUCGACGGGUGGCGCUGAGAGAGACCGCCGUUCGCGAGCGAAACGCAGGGCUAAACCGAGACAGCAUCGUCACGUUCGGAAGUCACCAAAUGCACCUUCGCGCGCCGUGCCCGCCCAACCGACCCAUUAACCCCCCCCCCCCCCUCCAAGCAUGUUCCUGCACGACAACUCGCGGAAAAUGAGCAGCGAAAAAAAAAAAGAAAGAGAAAAAAAAAAAAAAAAAAAGUUUUGAGCUACAGUUUUCAUGGCGAACAAUUUUUUUUUGCUGUAGAGUAAUACAGUUUUUAAUGUCUGCAUGUGUGACUUGAUGUGGGACCAGUGAACGAUCGAAGCGAUUUAAUACUUGCGGACACGGAAACCUGUGGGGAAUGCUUUUAUUCCCCCGAAAGACUUUUGCAUACAAAAGGGCAGUAUUUUGAACAGAGAUGUAAUCUAUUUUGUGGUUUUAUUUUUAAGAUUUACCGUGCCUUAUAAUAAGGUAUAUGCUUGAUUUUGGUGAUGAGGCGGUGAUUAACUCACCCGAUUCUCUCCCAUGGCUUGUGGUUAAUUGUAACGCAGACGGUGUCAUUUAGUUUUACCUAUAAAAGCAUUGGGGAAAAAAAAAAACCAGAUGUCUUGUACCAUUUGCACUGUGCGCAGAUGUUGAUACAUAAAUAUAUUGUGUUUGCUGAGAAUUCCUUGAACCGUGUUUUAUUGAUAGUAAUUUCUUAAGGUUUAAAACACCCAACUCGUUUGCACCAAAUUGCGUCUCUCUCUCUCUCUCUCUCUCUCUUUCUUUCUCUCUCUCUCCCUUUCGCCCUCUGUACAACUGUGCUUUUGCAGCCUUACAUAUUUCUAUAUUUCUGGAAGAAUCGUGUUUUCUCUGAAUCUGCUAAUAAAUAUUUUCUGUGGGU